GCACAUGGCCUCUCAAUCUGUGAUGCAUGGUACGGUCGUCCGGCCGAUCCGGCACCGGCCGGCAGCCGCUGCCCUGGGCCCCUGGCCCUCGACAACGACACUAGCUACCUCUACCAAGCGGGCGCAUGUAGUAUAAACGUUGUACGUACAUGAAACAUCUGCCGACUUGCUAUUUACCGCAAGGGAUCAAAGAUUUACCUGUGUUGUGGCGUUACGAGAAUCCUAGGUACCGGCACCGGAGAUACCUUUAUCAAUAUGGGUAUGAUGGUCCAAGUGUGCAAGGGGUUUGGACUGGUGGUUGUCGGUCUCAUUGCUGUAUUGCUGAUCAGGACAGCAACCUUCCCAUCCAUGCAGCCAGAGGUCACAGAGUGUAAGGCUUUGGAUACAGACUUCAUCCAGGCGGACAAAGACCUCAAAAGACGCUUUCAAGAGGCCAUUAAGAUCCAGACCAUCUCCUGGUCAAAGUUUGUGGUAGAACUAGAUGAAGUGGCCAAACUGCAUCUAUUCCUAGAGGAAAGUUUUCCUCUUAUCCACUCUUCACCCCUUGUUACCAAGGAGGUGAUCAACGGUCACAGUCUCCUUUACACCGUUAAGGGUAGUGACCCAUCGUUGAUGCCUUACAUGCUAGCUUCACAUCAGGAUGUAGUCCCAGUCAAGGACCAGGACUGGAAAUAUCCACCCUUCGAGGCCAGGGAAGACAAUGGGUAUAUCUAUGGGAGAGGGACCAUUGACGACAAACAUUCUUUGAUGGGAAUCAUGGAAGCACUUGAAUUUCGUCUAAAGCUGAAGCAAAUUCCAAUAAGAACUAUGUAUUUAGCAUUUGGACAUGAUGAAGAGGUCUAUGGUAAAAAUGGAGCUGGCAAAAUAGCUGAAGAAUUCAUGAAGAGAGGCAUAAAGUUGGAUUUUAUCUUGGAUGAAGGAGGCAUCAUUGUCAAUAAUGUAUUUAAAGGUUUAAAUAAACCUAUUGGCAUUGUCUGUGUGGCAGAGAAAGGUAUAUUAACAUUAAACCUUAGUGUAGAAGCCAUACCAACAGGUCAUUCUUCAAUGCCAACACCAGAGUCAAACAUUGGCAUCUUGACAAGGGCAUUGAGCAGACUUGAAUACCAAAGUCAACCGAUUUUCUUUGGUAGUGGACCAGAAAAAGAAAUGUUUGAGCAUCUUGCAUCUGAGGCCAUAUUUCCACUACGUUUUAUCCUCACCAAUAUGUGGUUUUUUAGACCUCUAUUUGGAUGGGUAUUGACCAAAAUGGGACCUAGUACCAAUGCAUUUGCCAGAACUACGACUGCAAUCACAAUGGUUCAUGGUGGGUUUAAGACCAAUGUACUUCCUCCUUCAGCGUGGGCUAUAGUCAAUCACAGAAUACAUCCAUCUCAGAGUAUACAACAGGUGAUAGACCACGAUCGUAGUGUCAUCGGUGAUGACAGAGUCAAGAUAACGAUAGAAGAGAAAUUAGAUGCAUCCCCUACGUCACCGUUUGAUGAGCAUGCUCAUGGUUAUCAGGUCAUCUCACACAGUAUAAGACAAGUCUUUCCAUCUGUUCUUGUAACCCCUGGAGUCAUGAUCGGCAACACAGAUACAAGGUAUUACUGGAACCUUACAAACAACAUCUAUCGCUUCACCCCAACUGUUGCCAUGGGACCGGAGGACCUCAAGCUCUUCCAUGGUAUCAAUGAGAGAAUAUCAGUCAGUAACUACGAGAAGGUGGUCAAUUGUUACUAUCAUGUCAUGCAGAAUGCUGAUAAGAUGGCUGUCAGCUUGCCUCAUAGUCACUCCCAGGAAUUAUGAAUUACAAGAUAAGGUAUCGGUUCGUUGUGAAACCUCUAAACAUGAGUAGAUUAGACAACAGACUGGCCAAUGUGUGAUCCAAGCAGUAAGUAUUAAAGUUUCCCUGUACCGGCUUGUAUAGUGGUGCCAUGCCAGCAAACUCAUGGGUCCAAACUUACAAAGGUGGUUUUGAAUCCUUGGUCUGAAACUAUGGUGUAUGUAGAUUUCUUGCAUGAAUUACCCCUGAUUCAGUGCAUUUAUUUAGGAAGAGUCCAAUAUUGAAUGCAGGAAUUUGUCACAGGGGAUAAAUUCACCCUUGGUACUUGGAGAUGAAAUCACUAUUGAGCCAAUUCUUUUGAAGUGGUGAGCAUAAUUUUUAUGUAAAUUAAUUUACAUGAAGUGUGGGAUCAUAAACAUUUACUUUGUAAUAAGCAUGAGUUUAGCUUUAUAACAAGCUUGAAAUCUGCAUUGCAUGGAUUCAGAAUCUCCUUUGUGAAGUUUGGCCAAAUUCUUGACUGUAGAUUUCAUGGUGAGGUGCUACUUAUUAAUGAUAGAAGACUUUCAUGUGCAUUAUCAAUAUUAAGUGUAAAGUUGUUAAAUCUGACUAUUUUAAACAAAGUGUAAGCAGAAUGAAAGUGUUGUUCAAUUCUUAACAACUCAGGGAAUGCAUCUUUGAGGGCUUUACAUCAUCUACAAAAAAAGAUGUAGGGAUCUUUGAUCUUGCUGUAUUCCCAGAAAGUAAUUGCCAUUGAUAUGCAAAGCCUAGAGUAUGGAAGCAGUUCAUGAAAAAAUGAUACUUAUUAUUUAUCUAUUUCAUCUUGUAAACAUAUAAAGUCCAGUUGUGGCACUGAUCUUAAAAUAAAUUUGAACAAUAAUAAUAAAAAUAUUAAUAAUAUGCAACAUUUAUACAAAUAUUUCUAAGUGCUGCAUACUAUUACCCCGGCUUUAGCACGGCUACCCUGAUGGGGCGCUCAAGCAUUCAAGGAAUUCCUUCCUACCAAGUUCCCAUUUACUUCACCUGGGUGAAGAGUGGCAAAUUGAGAUAAAUGCCUCGCCAAAGGACGUGAGUGCUGCGGUGGAUUUGAACCCUGGACCUUGUGGUUCAAAGUCCGGACACUUAUCCACUGAGCCACAGCACCGCUCAACAAUGACCACCCAAGCAUUUGUAGGCAUCAAAGAGAGUGAAUAAUUACAGAGAAAUAGCAAAAUAACGAAGGCAUUUUUUCUGCUUGUUUUCCAUAAUUACACUGCGAAUGUUCGUGGGCGCUGAUAUGCGAUUGUCAGUUUACUCAGGGUUAAAUUCAGAUUGUAUUUCAUCACAUUUUAGGUUUUUAAAAGAAAACUAUGUGAAAACUUAGUAGUCAUGAUAGUGUGGUAACCAUUGAUCAUGAUAUUUCUUUUAAAAUCAUAACUCACUGCCAUUUUAGAUAGCUUCAAGGCUCUGCAUUUGUAGAUUUAGCAUCAAACCAAAACAUAUGCAAUGACUCUGUAGAAA